AUGGCCGACCAGCCCGAACUGCACCGCGGUUUGAUGAACGUCUAUAUGGACACCACGGAGUCCAGUUUCAUCGACGGCGAAAUCGGAAAACUGCUCUAUCGUGGCUACGACAUCCACGAUCUGGCCGAGAAAUCCACCUUCGAGGAAAUCGUCCACCUGGUGCUGUACGGCGAGCUGCCCAAUCAAGCCCAACUCGACGAGACCGACGGCUACCUGCGCGCCAACCGCCGCAUUCCCGAUGAGAUCAUCACCGUCAUCGACGCGGUAAAAUCCGCGCAUCCCAUGGAUGUCCUGCAGACGGCCCUCAUCGGCCUGGCCGCUUUCGACGACGAGUCCGAGGAUAACUCCAGGGAAGCCAACGUCCGCAAGGCCCUCCGGCUGACCGCGCAGGCCCCCACCAUCGUAACGGCCCAUCAUCGCAUUCGGUCCGGACUGGAGCCCGUGUCUCCCAACCCCGAUCUGAACCACGCCGGGAACUUCCUCUACAUGCUAUUCGACCAGUUUCCCGACGACGAGACCAUCGCCCUGAUGGACGUCGACUUCAUCCUCCACGCCGAGCACGGCGUCAACGCGUCGUCUUUCGCGGCCCGGGUCUCCGCUUCCACCAACUCGACGCUGCACGCCGCCGUUUCCGGCGCGGUGGGCACGCUGAAGGGCCCGGCCCACGGCGGCGCCGCCGAAGAAGUUAUGAAGAUGUCGAUGGAGAUCGGCAACCCCGAAAACGCCGAAGAGUACGCUCGCAACAAGUUGAACAACCGUGAGCGCAUCAUGGGCUUCGGUCACCGCGUGUACCGGGCAGAGGACCCGCGAGCCCGUCACCUUCGCGAGCGUUCCCAGGCCCUGGGCGAAAAGCGCGGCGACCCGCGCUGGUUCCAGAUCCUCACCCACCUGUCCGAGGACGUCAUGGCGCCCUACCGCGACCGCGGCAUCUACGUCAACGUGGACUUCUACGCCGGCUCCAUCUACCACCUGCUGGGCAUCCCGUCGGACCUGUUCAUCCCCAUCUUCGCCCUGGGGCGCGUCCCCGGCUGGUCCGCCCAGUGCAUCGAGCAAUAUCAGAACAACAUCCUGCUGCGCCCGCGCCUGCACUACAUCGGCCCCAUGGACCGCGACUACGUGCCCAUCGACCAGCGCUAG